ACUCACUGAAUCAACGAGUGUUCACGAAGAAUCAGACGUCAGAUCGGAGGACGGGACACCGAGCUGAGCCGAGCUGGAGCUGAUCCUGCUGAAGUCCAUGUGCUGCUCGGAGGAGUUUACGUCUCUGCAGGAAUAACCAGGAUGCUAUCGACUCCAUCCACCACCUCCUCCACGCCGCCGUCACAUGACUCAGUGACCUCUGACCACCGACGUGUUGCCAUGGAAACCUACUGGCGAGAAGUGCAAAGCAUCGAGGAGGAGAAGGAGGGAGAAGAAGAGGAAGAGGAGGAGAGGAAGAGUAUGGACGAGGUGGAGCUGGAGGAGGCGUGGCUGACGGAGGCGGGGCUAUCCACCCUGGUGACUGGCUCGGCGCCGCCAGAAGAGGCGCUGCCACCGGCCGAGGCGCUGCUGUCCACACUGACCCGACAACAGGUUACCACGGUGAGGAGGAGGCUGGACAACUACAACGAGACACUGAAGAAGAGAAACAGGCAGCCAAUCAGAGACGUCCGCGACAUCUUCACUGAGCCUGACGAUGACUCAGCAGACAGGUGCCCCUCCCCCCCCUCCCAUCAUACCGAGUCGCCUCCGAGUCGUUACCACACCACCACCAAGACCAUCCGCAGGAACGCUCACAGAGUGCGACCGACUCUUCCCAUGUUUGUUUUUGAGGAUCAACUACCUGAACAUCCGUCAUCACCCACCAACACACACUCUCCCACAAAAAGACCUUCUGUCUCACCGACUGUCUGUCCAUCAGACUCUGGUGUGUUCGGCGUUCCUCUGAACUCACUGUUGGAGAACGACAAGAAAAAGUUUCCUGGAGUCAAAGUUCCUGUCAUCUUCCAGAAGCUGUUGUGUAUCUUAGAGCAGACAGGGCUGCAGACGGAGGGGAUCCUCAGAGUUCCAGGAUCCGCUGCCAGACUGAAGUACCUGCGCAGAGAGUUAGACAGGUGUUGUGGAGCCUUCGACUGGUCUGCAGUCAGACAGGUGGACGCUGCAGGUUUGCUGAAGCUCUUCAUCAGAGAGCUGCCAACACCUUUGCUGACCCACACUCACCUGUCCACCUACCGCUCAGUGCUGGGUUUUUGUUCAGUGACUCCACCUUUGGUCUUUGUUUUAUUUCCACCCUAAGUUUCCAUGGUUACAGGUCUGUUUCCGUGGUUACAGGCCCUGCUGGUCUUCCUCCGUAAGGUGGUCUUUCAUCAGGACCAGAACCGAAUGUCGCUGUGGAACGUCUCCAUGGUGAUGGCACCCAACCUGUUUACCUGCCGUCACCGUGGCAACAAGUCCUCAAUCGCUAAGCAACGGGAGGAGAUGGAGGAAGCGGUGGGAGCAGCUCACCUGAUCCGGCUGAUGAUCACGCACCAGGACCUGCUGUGGACUGUGCCCACCUUCCUGCUGUCGCAGGUGAGACACAUGAACCAGGCGUCCAAUCAGAGACAGCUCGGCCUGAGCAGGACAAAGAGACGACUGCUGAGGAGGAGGAACGACAAGAACGACAGAGACCAGGUCACGGAGCUGUGUGAAGGCGUGAUCCGGGUGCACGCCCCUCGACACGCCAAGGUUUCCAUGGCGAUACAGCUGGAAGAGCAGAUGACGGCCAGAGACGUGACGUCACGCUUCGAGUGCGAGAACACUCCUGUUCAGCGUCUGUAUGAAGUCGGAGGAAACAUCUGUGAGCGCCGUCUCCAUCCAGACUGCGUUUUAUUGGACGUUUACAGAGUAAACCCUCACUGUGAUUGGCUGAUCAAACCGUGACGACCUGUCUGUCCCUCCCACCUGUCCCACCUGCUCCCUGAUCAAUGUUAUUGAUGAACUGACUGAUUGUUCACUGUUGAUGUGAAACCCUAUUAAACCUGUGAUGG